GCGCCUCACACAUCUCAGGCGUCCAUACUUAUUUGCAAUUGUCACAUCUUCUUAAAACCCCUUUCCUUGCCUUUGCGCUGACUUUGUUUGACGUCAAGGGACAGCCACGCGCCCGACAGGCUGGCUCUGCACUUUCCUCGAUAAACGGAGCGUCUUUCAUAGCGACACGCAGGAAAUUGCACUGCACAUCGAACUGUCGCACGAGCAUCUGCGCCUGGUAGCCUAACGGCAGCUCUGCACGUCUCGUUCAGCGGCGAAAUUUGAUAUGGGCGGAAACUCUAGCAAAGAGCAAAGAGCGGGCAAGGAAGCGGCCACGGCCCACGAAGCGGCCCCAGCUCCGGGACCCAGCGCACCACACCCAAGCGGAGAAGAUGAAAGCAUGGAGGUAUCGGCGCCGCAUAGCCUGGACUCGAUAGCAGAGGCGGGCGAGGGCUUCAAUGGCUUACGUGUGAAGGAUAAGGACGCCUGGCGAGGCAGCCAGUCGCCGCGGCCUCGGUCGGCGUUGAAGCAUGUCAGCAGUUCCGUCUCUCACGACAGCGAGGCCAGUGCCGUCACGGAGCGGACGCCCUCGGGCCGCCGCAUGCCUCGCAAGGUGUCCUUUCAAGUGCACGGGCUCGCACCGCCCCAGGAGGUUGCGGCCGAGGGCUCGGACGGCGGCGCGGCGGAGCAAGCGCACAAGCGCAUUAAGAACAGUGAGGAGUUCAGCAUGAAGUUCCUGGUGGAUAAGUUCUACGGCAAGGUCCUGAAGAUCAAGGAGAUCAAGCCGUUCUUUGACGGCGUUGACAUGCACAAGCUCAAGUACCACCAGGAGGCGCUGAUGCUGCUGGUGUUCGGAGGCCAGGAGCUGCUGGACGACGAGCUGCCGGGCCUGUCUGCGGAUCUGCGCCUCAUCCACCUGCACCUGCUCUUCGAGGGCCUCAACCUCAGCCACUGGCAAAUAUUUGCUGACACCUUCUGCGAGACUCUGGAUGAGCUGCCCCAGAUCCCUGCUGACGUCAAGGCACAUGCCAAGGCCUACAUGCGGGCCACCAAGCAACACUUCCGCCCCAUCGAGCCGGAGGAGUGGCCGCCGAAGGUCGUGUACAAGGGCUGGACCAAGCGCAGCUGCCCCUUUCACACAAGCUAUAAGAGCAUCCACAGCGAGGACAUGAACGGCAGCGCAGGCGCCAGCAGCAAGGAUGGCAGCGUCAAGGGCGGGGCGGAGGGGCAGGCUGACGGCGCGGCGGCGGCGGGGUGGGCGCAUGCCGCCGCGGAUGUUGACGAUGACGCCUUCGUGUUGCCUGGCUUCAACAGCCCGCCGCUCCCCAGCAUGACCGCGGCGGCGCAGGCGGAGGUGGACAGGGCGGCUGACGCGGCGGCGGCGGGCGUCGAGGAGGCGAAGGACGAAGUUGCAAAGGCGGCAGAAGCCGCUGCGAGCACGUGAGCGCGGCUAUGCCCGGGCAUCAGGGUCGUCGUGUGGCCUCGCGGAGUCCAACUGAUUCCGGCUGGAGGGCAGGGAUCGUGUGCGGGGUGGACUGCUGCGGGAUGUGGCAGAUGCAGAGAAGUCUUCUCGGUGGGGGCCAUUCGCUGGAGGUUCUGUCUACGGACGAUUGCAGGACUUGUGGCGGCCCGACGCAGGCCUAGGCCCGGCCAUGCGUCCGUUCGGAGCGCAGGAGAUGCGUACUCUCCUGGGCUGCGCAAUUUUGCUGUGUCCGCACCAAGUCGAGGGACCGUGAUAGCGCAUGUGGCACAAACGCUGUCAUGCCAACGAUUUGAUUACGCCGCGGCACGUGGUGGCUCUCGGAAGCGAUCGCGGUUCCGGUAUCACACGUAUGUCCAAGAGUGUGCGUGCUCUGCAUGGUGGUCGCGACAGGCGGGAUCAUGAGAAAGCAAGCAACGAUUGCUGGAAGUGAAGGUUGCUGGUUAUGAAUGCCUGACGGUCGAGCCCGAGCGCUGUGAGCCGCAACGGAGUGUGACGGCCAGCGCUCGAGUUCUGAUGCAGUUACGUACCUAUGCAUAUGUGGACGCGACUGGGGGCUCUGAUUCCCCCACUUGCUGCACACACGUGCUGGUUACCCUUGCCAGGGUUGAACCCUUACCCUUACCUAGAGAUAAUGCAUGUUGGCGCUCGCUAAUGCACUGGGAAUGAAGGAAUGAGUGUGGUUGCUUCUCGUCAUUGUACUUCCGCGGCGGAUAGGCCAUGGCUGUUGGGGCCCGAAGCGUGCCGGCGUAUGGAGGUUGGAUAUGGUCCAUGGGAAUUGUGGUUGCCUGAUCUGCUCCGCCCCGUAGUGCGUGGCAGGGUUGAGUAUGGAUAGCAACCUAGCAGGUCCUCAGGACGACGACGCGUUCGCAACACCCAGCACUUUGAUGAUGAGAUAAGGGAGUUGGGAAAUAGGACAAUAGGACUGCGUGCGCCGCUGGCGGAACAUGUAACCCUAAGCUGUUUACAUCAGGGGAGCCAUGUUCAAGAUUGUGGGACGGCUACAGGAUCAUGCAGUGAGGCCAGCGUGCGAGAGGUGCACGUGCACCAGUAUGUCACCAACGUGCGGGGACGGAGUCGCGGAGUUUCGGGCAGACCGGGCGACAUCGUGGGGCGGCAUGCAUCAAUGCAUUCAUACUGCACAGGUGCCAUGACUCGGUGUCCUGGAUUCGAAUGCGGCUCUGUUUACCGUAUGAAUGCAGGACCCUCCCGGCAGCCGUAAAGCUGCUGCAAGGCUGAAACUGGGACUGUUAUCUCGUCAAAGGUAACGUAGCAGUUGCGGUCGCUGCUCAUGCUCACGCUUUUCU